CUACCCUCAGCAUCAUCACUCAGUGAAUUUCAACAAGCUGAGAACCAGAAAGAGGGAAAAAUCCAGAGGAAGAGCUUUUUUUUCAGUUUCAAUUUUAAGAAGAAAGCUCUUUCCUCUUGACUUCACUUCAAUAUUUUCUCUCUAUUCAUACGUAUAUACGUAGAAAAAUACGUAGUAGUAUAUGUAUAUACGUACGUCAAAAUCUCCAGAUCGAAAUUAGGGUUUUAGUUUUUUUUUUUAUAAUUUAUUUGAAAAUUUUAGGUAUCGGAAAUGUCAGGGCUGAAUCGAUCUUCUAGCGCUCCAUCGAAAAAUGGGCUUCCUCCUAAGGAACUCAUUGACGAUCUUUGCAGUCGGUUUAUUUUGAACGUGCCAAAAGAAGAUCAGCAAUCAUUUGAGAGGAUUUUGUUUCUUGUGGAGUGCGCACAUUGGUUUUAUGAAGACAAUACUGUGGACUACAAUCCGUCAUUGAAGUCUAUAACCCUCAAGGAAUUUACUUCCUUAAUGUUUAACAAUUGUGAUGUUUUAAAACCAUAUGUUCCUCACAUAGAUGACAUAUUCAAGGACUUUACCUCUUACAAGGUUCGAGUUCCUGUAACUGGGGCCAUCAUCCUUGAUGAGACUUUUGAACGGUGCUUGCUAGUAAAGGGAUGGAAGGGUUCAAGUUGGAGUUUUCCACGUGGGAAAAAGAACAAGGAUGAAGAGGACCACUCAUGUGCAGUUAGAGAAGUCUUGGAGGAAACAGGAUUUGAUGUCUCGAAACUUCUUCAGAAAGAGCAAUACCUUGAAAUGACUUUUGGACAGCAAAGAGUGCGGCUUUACAUAAUAGCGGGAGUGAAAGAGGAUGCGUCAUUUGCCCCACAAACCAAAAAAGAAAUUAGUGAAAUUGCAUGGCAAAGACUGGAUGAACUUCAACCAGCAACUAGCGAAAUCAUAUCUCGUGGGAUGACUGGACUCAAGCUCUACAUGGUUUCUCCAUUUUUAUCAUCUUUGAGAUCUUGGAUUUCAGCACAUCAGCCUCCUGUAGCGCCUAGAUUUGAUAGACCUUCAAGAGGAUUAAGUGUGUGGAAUGCAAAAAAUAGUUCCACCGGAAGCAGCUCAGUUUUAGCUGAGAUUCAAUUGAACAAACCUGCAGUUGAUGCACGUCCCCAGGACACAGGUCCUGGCAAAAGCUUCAGAAACUUCCGAUUUGACACUGCUUCAAUAUAUCGUGCAAUGGAAGCUGGCUUCUCUUCUUGAAGUGUAGAGUAUAGUCGUGGUUAAUUGUUGUGUUUCAUGUGCACAUAUUUUGUUUAGCUCCCGUCUUCACUACAUCAGUCUUUGAGGAAAUCUAGGACUCUUCUUCGUGUUAAUCCUGCUUAGACAAGUUCAUAGUUUUGUGGCUGUUCGUUUUUUGCUUUCAGGUUGGGAUGUAUGUAUAGUAUGUAUAUACAGGAACCUUGUAUUGAAUAGUCACCAUGUUGUUUGAAGUUAAUACAAAAAAAACACUCCUUUUGAUUUGGACACCA